UCUAAGAUUAACACAAGGGCCCUUUACAAUAAAAAAAAUCUCCACACCUUUUUCGAAUUAGUCCAUUUGUCUAUUAAGCCACCAUUUUAUAAAAAAAACCAUGUCCGCUCCAAAUCGUCUGGUGCCUCCUGGAUCAACUCCAUUAUCUAAUUCUCCCUUUAUGGGGUCCCCGAAUUCAAAUUUCCGCCCACAAAGUCCAACUCCAUCACAACAAUCUGCAUCAAUGCAACGAAAUAAUUCUCUGCUGCUUGAUAAUGCUUCAUCUUAUCAAGAACAAAUUUCUCUGUUGGGGAAUUCAAAAGAUAUUGAUUAUAAAAACUUAUCGAAACAUCUAGUAUCUUCCGAUGAUACUUUGAAACUUCAAGGUGGUGAUGUUGCCCGUUAUCUUUAUCAACAGAUUGAAAAUUCAUCUCCUGGUCAAACCAUUGGUGGCAACUCCAAUACCGGGGGUGGGGCUUUCGGACCUAGAGGUGAUCGUAGAAGAACUAGAUCCUCUUCAUUUUCCACCUAUCUCUCGGAAACCCGUAGAGAAUCAACCGCCUCUGAUAUUAAUGUCCCUGGAGGAUUCCGUCGUGAAUUUCUUAUCAAUAAGGCAGUGCAAGAAAAUGCCACUCCACCAAACUUCCUUACCGCUAAUUUCGUUGAAUUCUUGAGUAUUUAUGGUCAUUUCGCUGGUGAAGAUUUUUCAGAUGAUGAUGAUGAAGAUGAAGACGAUGAUGAUGAUGAUACAACUUUUGAUGAUGAUGCCUUGAUUGAUGAAGAAUCUUCACUUUUAAAUACUUCAGCUUCAACUAGAUAUGUCCAUCCUCCACCACCUCCACGUCGUCAUAAAUCUUCAAAGAAAUUGAAACAGAAACCUCAAGGUGAAGGUACAACCGUGAUUAAAACUUUCUUCCUUGUUUUCAAGGCUCUUGUUGGUUCGGGAGUACUUUUCCUCCCAAGAGCCUUCUACAAUGGGGGGCUUCUUUUCUCAAUUGGUGCCUUAUCACUCUUUGGAUUCCUCACGUUUGUUUGUUAUCUUGUCCUUAUCCAAUCGAAAAAAAUCUUGAAAAUCCUGUCCUUUGGUGAAUUGGGAUACAAAACUUAUGGUUCACCACUUCGUUACUUUAUCCUUUUCUCCAUUAUCCUACUGCAAAUCGGAUUUGUGGCAACCUAUAUCCUUUUCACCGCAGAAAAUAUGCUUUCCUUCUGUCACAAUUUCCUUAAAUGGGAUGGACCAUAUGUCACCACGGGGAACAUUGUCCUUGCCCAAUGUAUACUCCUUAUCCCCUUAUUUCUUAUCCGGAACUUGAGCAAAUUGUCGCUUAUUUCCGUGGUUUCACUGGCCUUUAUUGUCAUUGGUCUUGUGAUAAUUUUCUUUUAUUCCGGAGUUCAAUUGCUUAACCAUGGUAUAGGUCCAAACAUUGUUCAAUUCAACCCUCUGUCAUGGUCCAUGUUGGUGGGUGUGGCAGUCACUUCCUUUGAAGGUAUUGGCCUUAUUCUCCCCAUCGAAGCCCUGAUGGCUGAACCGGAAAAAUUCCCCAAAGUUCUUGCCUAUAGUAUGACCUUGAUCACUGCACUUUUCGUCUUGGUUGGUGCCAUUGGAUACAGUGCCUUUGGAGACCAAAUCAAAUCCAUUAUUAUCUUGAAUCUCCCACAACUGAAACGAUCAGUGCAACUCAUCCAAGUGUUGUAUUCAGCAGCUGUUUUCCUUUCUGCUCCUUUACAAAUUUUCCCCGUGACCAAAAUCGUUGAGUCCAGCAUUUUCAAUUCUUCUCUUUUCACUGGAGGUCUGCGUCGUACCGAUGAGGACGGUAGAUUGUACCAUGCACUGGGCAAGUACAAUAGCAAUGUCAAGUGGCUCAAGAACUUGGUGCGAUCACUUUUAAUUGUGGCCAUCAGUGCCAUUGCGUACUUGAACGCCCAAAACAUCGACAGGUUUAUUUCUUUCAAUGGAUGUUUUGCCUGUAUUCCCUUGGUUUACAUCUACCCACCUCUCAUCCAUUUGAAGACUUAUACCAUUGACAAGCAAAACACUUUGAUUGGUCGCUUUUUAAAAGUUUUCGAUUAUGCCUUGAUCGUCACGGGGACCAUCAUUGUGAUAUACACCACCCACCAGAUUUUAUUUAUGAAUUAGAAUAAUAGAGAGGAUAUAGAGUGAAGUAGUUAUAUAAGUAG